AUGCACCUCUUCCGUCGAGGUACAUCCUCGCUCUUCAACUCCUCUAACGUUUCUCUGGCUUCCUCGAAAACAGACGCCACCACCGAUGCCGUCGGCGACACCGGGCUGGCUCAGGACGGAUUCAAGUCCAUUCCCGAAAGCGAAAACCUAUUCGUAAAGCCCGAUCCGGCCGUCGAUGGAGAGGACUGCCUCCACGACUGUGCAACAUGCACCGUGAAAUACCCCGCCAAAUUCGACGUCGAUCUUGAGGACAAGCUAUAUGGUCAGGUUAAUGGGUGGUCAACACACUUGCUCGUAGCCACAGGCAAGUCCGAUUGGGUGCGCGACGUGGCGGACGAGACUGGAAGUGUUAUGGAGGCGAUUGAGAAGGGAGGCGUAGAACCUAGCAACGGGCGACUCAAGCUGUCCGCAUCAAAUAUGCCCGUUCCGGACGAGUAUCACAUGCACGAGGCAGGGAAACAGCCCACAAACGUCCUCCUCCUGCCCAGUUUUACCGUGGUAGAAAACGUCACACCACAACUGGCUCCAGAUCUCAUUGAGCACUUCAUCAAUAAGUCACUGACCACAACGACACCGUUGGGUGGCCAACCAGAGACCUCAAACCCAGCAGAAGCUGAGGAGCAGCCACCUCACCCAGCAAACACAAGUAUCACAACAUCGCUCCAAUCACACGCAUGUCCCCACGCAGCCGUCAUCCUUCUCUGCUCACAGCGCACGCGUGACGCCCGCUGCGGCCAAUCCGCACCGCUCCUUCGCCGUGAAUUUGAGCGGCACCUGCGCCCACUGGGUCUGUACCGUGAUAUGGAUGAUACGCGGCCUGGUGGUGUGGGUAUCUACUUCAUCAGCCACGUGGGCGGACACAAGUACUCCGCGAAUGUGAUUGUGUAUCGGCGCAGGGACUUUGAAUGGUACAAGCGCGAGGAAGCCGAGACGGUUGACGAGGGUGCUGCGCAAGGUAUUUGGCUGGCGCGUGUAAAACCAGAGGAGUGUGAGAAUAUCAUUCGGUAUACCGUGCUACAGGGCAAGGUGCUCAAGCCGGAGCAGCAGUUGCGGGGCGGAUUUGAUCGAGAGCGGGGGUUGACAAGUUGGUAA